GCGGCGAUGACUGUACCGGUAAACCUGCGGGAGCUGCUGCUGGCUGGGGGCGGCGGCGCGGAGGGGAGCGGCGGGACGGGCGUCCCGGCCCCCGCCGAGGAGGAGGUGUGUGUGGUGGGCAUCUUCGGCAAGACGGCCCUGCAGCUGAGCUCCGAGAAGGCGGCGCUGGUGAGCACCGUGUGCGACCGGCAGGUCUUCCCCCUCUUCCAGCGGGAGAGCGCGGGGCCCGGCGGGGCCGAGCCCAGGGAGGGCGGUGAGCCCGCGGCCGGAGAGGGGGAGCCCGCCGCCGCCGCCCAGGACUACAACCUGCUGCAGGCCUACUACAGCCAGGAGAGCAAGGUGCUGUACCUGGUGCUCACCUCCAUCUGCGACACCCCCCAGCUGCUGCAGGCCUGCAGGGACCUCAGCGCCGGGGACGCCAGGGUGCCGGGGCUCGGCCACCCUCCGGGCGCCCCGCUGCCCCAUGCCGAGGCCCAUGAGUUCUGGAAGCACCAGGAGAAGCUGCACUGCCUGAGCCUUCUCUACCUCUUCUCCGUCUGCCACAUCCUGCUGAUGGUGCACCCCACCUGCUCCUUCGACAUCACCUAUGACCGUGUCUUCAGGGCCCUGGAUGGGCUGAGGCAGAAGGUGCUGCCCUCCCUCAAGGCCGCCAUCAAGGACUGCCCGGUUGGCAAGGAGUGGAAGCUCAACUGCAGGCCGUGCCCGCCCCGCCUCCUCUUCCUCUUCCAGCUUAAUGGGGCCUUGAAGGUGGACCCCCCACCAGGCAGGGGGCAAGACCUCUGCGGCCAGCUGGAGAAGCCCCCACCCAAGAAGCAUUCACCCAAGAGGAGGUUGCAGCAUGCCCUGGAGGACCAGAUCUACCGCAUCUUCCGUAAGAGUCGGGUGCUGACCAACCAGAGCAUCAACUGCCUUUUCACUGUGCCUGCUAACCAGGCCUUUGUCUACAUUGUGGCUGGUGGGGCCCAGGAUGGAGAGGACCCGGUGGCCAUGCUGCUGGAGCAGCUCAGGAGCAACUGCACGAUGAAAGAGACAGAUUCCUUGCUGGCACCCACCUUGGCGGGGCCCAGGAGAUAUCAGAUGAUGAGACAUGGCAGGCAGCAGCUGUCCUUCCAUGUUGAGAGUAGCAGUAGCAGCUCCAGCUCCUCUGGGCAGUUGGUGGACUGCACCCUCAAGGAGUUCCUAUGGCAACAUGUAGAGCUGGUGCUAAGCAAGAAAGGCUUUGAUGAUAGUGUGGGGAGAAACCCUCAGCCCUCUCACUUUGAGCUUCCUACAUAUCAGAAGUGGGUUGCUGCAGCUCAGAAAUUGUAUGAAGUGGCUAUUGAGGGGAAAGAUGAUGACCCAGCUUCCCUCACUGGGGAACUGACUUCCAAAAUUAUGGGAAGCAUCAAAGUCUUGGAGGGGUACCUAGAUAUAGACACCAAGUUUUCUGAAAACCGUUGCCAAAAGGCUCUCCCCAUGGCCCACAGUGCCUACCAGUCCAACCUGCCCCACAAUUACACUAUGACAGUUCAUAAGAAUCAGCUCGCACAAGCCUUGCGUGUGUACAGCCAGCAUGCCCGGGGACCAGCCUUUCACAAGUAUGCCAUGCAACUUCAUGAAGACUGUUACAAGUUCUGGAGCAACGGGCAUCAGCUGUGCGAGGAGCGAAGUUUAACUGAUCAGCACUGUGUGCAUAAAUUUCACUUACUCCCAAAAUCAGGGGAAAAACCAGAGCCAGAUAGAAACCCUCCAGUGUUGUAUCACAACAGCCGGGCUCGCUCCACUGGUGCCUGUAACUGUGGGAGGAAACAAGCACCCCGGGAUGAUCCCUUUGAUAUCAAAGCAGCCAAUUAUGACUUCUAUCAGCUGCUGGAAGAGAAAUGUUGUGGGAAACUGGACCACAUCAACUUCCCGAUAUUUCAGCCGAGUACACCUGAUCCAGCACCAGCCAAGGAUGAGACCUCACCUGCCCCUCCAGAAGGAGAAGCUGAGAAACUUAAAGAAAAAGAGCCUCAAACCCAGGGAGAGAGCACCAGCCUGAGCUUAGCCCUUAGUUUGGGUCAAUCCACGGAUAGCCUGGGCACCUACCCAGCUGAUCCUCAAGGUGGAGGAGACAAUGCAGAGGCUCACGGGCAAGCAUCAGAGUCUAAAAGCGAGAAGAGGCCAAGCUUGGUAGAUCGCCAGGCAUCCACUGUUGAGUAUCUUCCUGGCAUGCUCCAUUCUAAUUGCCCUAAGGGCCUUCUUCCCAAAUUCUCUAGCUGGUCACUGGUCAAACUUGGCCCUGCUAAGGCUUAUAACUUCCACACAGGCUUAGACCAACAGGGCUUCAUCCCAGGAACAAACUACUUAAUGCCUUGGGACAUUGUCAUCAGGACAAGAGCUGAAGAUGAGGGAGAUCUAGACACUAAUUCCUGGCCUGCUCCUAAUAAAGCUGUUCCUGGGAAACGAAGUGCAGUUGUAAUGGGAAGAGGAAGGAGGAGAGAUGACAUAGCUCGAGCCUUUGUUGGAUUUGAAUAUGAAGACGCUCGUGGUCGGAGGUUCAUGUGUUCAGGGCCUGAGAAAGUCAUGAAGGUGAUGGGUGGUGGGCCAAAAGAAUCUGCUAUAAAAGCCCUUAAUUCUGAUAUGCCCUUAUACAUCCUCUCAUCAACUCAGGGACGAGGACUUAAACCAUAUUAUGCUCAGUUUAUAAGACUCUUUGUUGUGGUGCCAGAUGCUCCACUGCAGAUAAUACUGACACCUCAGGUUCAACCAGGGCCUCCGCCUUGCCCUGUAUUUUACCCUGAGAAACAGGAAAUAACCCUCCCGCCUGAUGGACUGUGGGUGCUGCGAUUCCCUUACGCUUAUGUGACAGAACGUGGACCCUGUUUUCCUCCUAAAGAAAACCAGCAGUUAAUGAGUUAUAAGGUUGUUCGAGGAAUACUAAAAGCCAUUACACAAUAAGAAUUAUUCUGGUACAUUGGUCCUGAUUUAAGGUGACUUGUUUUUUCAAUCCAAAUUAUGGAUUUUGAUUCCUGACUGUUGAUACUUAAACAGUAAUCACUGCUUGGUAUAGUGAAACCACUGCAUGUAAAGUGAAUAGGGUCCAGAUUCAGAAUAAAGAUCUGAGUAUCAAAGUGGAGAAAGGAACAUGGCAACUUUCUCUGUGUAAGAAAUCAGCUCCUACGCCUGAGUCAAGGUUAGGUGUGCUUAAAAAAAAAAAAAAAAAAUACAAAAUACUGACAACUGAAACCCGUUCUAAAACAAGUUUAAAAAUUAAAAAACAAACAAAAAAGCCCUAGUAGCAUAUAACAAAAGGUUAGAAUUUCUCCCAGUUUGCACUAUUAUGGCAAUUAAAGCAAUUUAAAAAAAUUAAAAAUAUGUCUACAUUUGUGGAUCAGACAACCAGAUCUUGUUUUUCAAUUAAAGCACAGAACUGGAAUUGUGAUAAGUGGCUUCUUUUCCCUUCCAAUUAUUUGCCAUGGGAAAUUACUCAAAUGUCUGCUUCAUUUUCUGAACUAUAAGAUGCGGAUAAUACCUCCCUUGCUUCUUGAGGGCUGCUAUGUGACUUAAUGCAUGAAAGUUUAGAAAGUGCUUUGAGAUCCUGGAGCAGAAGACUUAAGAAGGAGUCAGAUUACUAAAUUGUUCAAACUUCUUCAUAUAGCAAUUGAAUAGAGAAACAUCAUUGAGAGGAGAAGAAUUUGCAUACACAAACUGAAAUGAUGUUUAAACUGUUACUGGAAGAAGAGGAAAAUUCCGCUGGGACCAAAACAGCUGAUAACAGUUGAUGGUGUUUGUAAAAUAUCAUAUUUGAAAGGCACUUAUGGAGUAUAACACUUAUGUACAAGAAUACAGCUGUAGAGAGAUUAGAGCAGCUGGCCCAUUGGAAGGCUCUUCCAUCUCAAAUAACUCUGAAGUGAAGGGCUUGGUUUUCAGAGAGUCAAUCUCAUAUUCAGAUUGUGUAUAUGCUGUCAUUGAUCAUAAAUUACUGAACUUUAAAGAAAGGUAAUCUGUUUCAUUUGAGGAAGAAUGUGGAGUGGAAAUAUCUUAUCCAGGAUAAAAUGGUGCAGAUUAUGUUGUCUCUGUGGAAUAACUAUUUACCAAGAUUUUGCCAUAAUUGAUAAACUCAUAAAUGAUCAGUACAUGAAGACUGGGUUUAGUGCAGUUUUACACACAUUAAAUGGCCAAAUGCAGCUUGCUUCCAAUUCAAGCAAAAGAACAAUCAAUCUUUCCUAAACUCUUAACAAUUUCCUAUCCAGUCUCCAUUAAUUUUAAAUGUCUAGUUGUCUGAAAUCUAUCAGACUUUUAGAUCUUUAUCC